AUGAUCCUCUUGCAACACAGCAUCCAGCCGUGCUAUCUCACAAGUUUCGCUAAACCACUUCAAGGAAGGAACCAACAGCUGGGGUUAUCGAUCAGUCCAUCACGUUUUGUCCAUCCAGUCUGACUCCGAGACAAAAGCUUUAUUAGUUCGUGUUUGAACGCAUUGAACAGCAUUAUCCAUCGUCUUGGUUUUCUUUGUCUCAUAAAGAAGAAUCCUUUCCUUUCGCUCGUUCGUCUGCCAACACUUCAAUUGUUCAUUGCAUAGAUAUCAUAAAACACAAUUCGCAACAUGUCAGUCGUCAAACAAAUUCCUCGUCACUUUCUCUCCAUCCGUGAUAUCACCCGGGAAGAGUUGCUUCGUCUCGUUGAGCGCUCUGCUGAAAUCAAAACUGCAUAUAAGGCAAACUAUGCAGCUCGGAAACCAGUCGCGCUGAGUGGCCUUGAAGGACAAAAUGUUGCCAUGCUUUUCUCCAAACGAAGCACACGUACUCGUAUCAGUGUAGAAUCCGCUACUACUUGUCUGGGCGGUAAUUCGCUGUUUUUGGGCAAGGACGACAUCCAAUUAGGUGUCAAUGAGUGUAUGUACGACACUGCUCGAGUCAUUUCUAGCAUGACUUCGGGUAUCGUUGCUCGUGUAAACUCGUACAACGAUGUAGCAACACUCGCAAAACAUUCCAGCACGCCCGUCAUUAACGGUCUUUGUGACACCUUCCAUCCCCUGCAGGCAUUGGCCGACCUUCUUACUAUCAAGGAAACAUUUGGUACCUUUGACAAUCUGAAGGUUGCAUGGGUCGGUGAUGUCAACAACGUUCUUCACGACAUGCUCAUUGCUUGUGCCAAGCUCGGCAUUGGUGCCGCUGUUGCCAAGCCGAAAGAUGUCUCCAUUCGGACAGACAUUCUCGCCCUCAUCAAGGAGGCUGCAAAGGAGAAAAAUACAAAGAUUGAGUUUAAGGAUGACCCCAAGGAGGCCGUCAAGAAUGCCGAUAUCGUUGUUACCGACACCUGGGUCUCCAUGGGUCAAGAAGCCGAAAAGGAACAACGUCUCAAACAAUUCGCUGGCUAUCAAGUCACCGAACAGAUCAUGGAGCUUGCUAACAAAUCUGGCAAAUUUAUGCACUGCAUGCCUCGUCAUCCUGAAGAGGUCACCGACGAGGUCUUCUAUGGUCCACGGAGUCUUGUAUUCCAAGAGGCCGAGAACCGCAAGUGGACUACGAUUGCCGCUUUAGAAGCAUUCUUUGUGAACCGCGGCAACAUCCUUUAAAAAUAUGAGGCCAGUUUCGGCCACAUAAAAAAUGAAAGUGUUAACAAAAAGGAGUCGUUUCGACGCAAUUUAAUGAGUUAAUCAUUCGCCAGGUUUUAUGAGGAAAAAUGUUUCUUGACAAUUCGAGGUACACAAUUCAGCUGUUCAUCGUUCAUUCAGUCAUUAGAUGUUUCAAAAGAAAUAAUGAGAACCGUUCAAUGUUU